CAUCCUGUUCAAACUUUACCGUAUGCAGUUACAAGCAAUUUAUUAACUUCUGGAUUACUAUGACACUUACUGCUGCAUAAUAUAUAUUUUCCAAAUUUCCUGGAGCCUGCUGUGCUUGUGGCUUCCCUGCAGUUUGUUGCACCCUUUUUUGUGAGGUGCUAAGGCAAGUUUACUCUCCUUGUUUCAGUGGUUUCUUGCAGUCUGUAGACGAAGAGGCAGAAAAAUGGGGCAGAAAAGAAGAAUGCUUCUUGCUGCAAUAAUUUUUAUAGCUGUCUAUUACAAAGUGACCGCGAAGGAAACAAGACUACUGGAUGUCCAAAAGACCACAAAUGUUGUGGAUGAUCUGUACUAUGGAUGCCGUGAAGAGGCCAUGAAGAAGUUCAUCGAGUCAGAUGUGUUAAAACAAGAACUAAAUAACAGUGAAGGAUUUCAGAAAGCAUGGAAUAAAAGUAUUGAGUGUUCAAAGCAGAUCCCUCAAGGACGAAAAGAGCAUAGUGCUGCACUUUCAGUCUAUAUUAAUGAGGAUAAAUCGUUCAUACAAACACUGAACAAAGCAAUAGAGACAAUGGGUGGAAAUGUUAGCAUCUAUGAAGACCACUUCAACCUCAAGUCUCUUCAUUUCCUGCUGAUGGACUCCAUGAGGCUGCUGAAGCCAAAGGAGUGCAAGAACUUUUAUGUUUUUCAAGAUGGUAAAAACCAACCACAGAAAGGCUCCACAGUGAGAUUUACAAGUUUCACUUUAGCUUAUUCAGACUAUGAAGAGCUAAAGAGACCUAAACAUGUCAAUGAGAAUACUAUUUUACAUCUCACUUCUUGCUUCUUUGUCAACCUGAAAGACUAUGUGUGCGGUCAAGAACAGGAUGAAAUACUCUUAUCUCCAGCAGAAGUUUUCACUGUGGAACAAGUGGAAACAAAAACUACAUCGGAUGGUGACGAAUACCUUGAGAUUGAUUUGAAACAGUCGGGACUGAAAAGCUCACACAACUGUUACAUCUUUUCACGGAUGUCAGUAGGUCAGGAGACUACCACAGCUGUUGCAGAGCGAGACAGGUCUCCUCCAGCUGUUGUCGCCACCCUGUGGCUUGUAUCAGUGCUUGCAGCCUUAUCUUCUGUUUCUUUAGCUGUUUAGCAAAAACAGUUAUCAUUCAGAGUUUUCUGGGUUUUAUAAUCUGCAAUAUUGCUUUGAUUAUUCAUACACCUUUUUUUAGGUCUUUAUUUGGCAGAUUGUGGUGAAUUGCAGUAUUGUGUCAAAAUAUAGUCAAAUACAGUUUUCUGCUUCUGUCAUAUAUUAUGAAUUAUAAACUCAGUUUUUAUUUUCUUUAUGCACGCUAGAAAAAUGUACAGCAUACUUGAAAUAUAUAUACAGUAUGUGUUUAUUAUUUCUUGUUAGGGUUUGCAUGCCUUUAAAAUGAUUAUAGGAAAUGAGUGAUGGGAAUGAAAAAAGCCGAUAUGUGUCGAUAAGGUCAGAAUAAAGGUUUGGUACAGUUGCUUCUGGUGUACCUCCAAGUAUUCAA